ACCGCCUCACUCGCACUCACACUCAGUCCUGUGACUGACACUACUCGAUCAUUGUGGGUUGCAAUCGACUUGUUUGCCCACUCAUGUCUCACAGCUACAGAGCUGAUGCAGCGUACACACCACACCCUGACUCCACACUCGCGCCUUCUCCUAUUCACUCCAUCCAAGUCCGUCAUCUCGCUCUCAACCGCUUCCCUCUGCUGAUUAGGCAGCAUGGGUAGUCGACGAGCUCUCAGAAAGCGAUCUGUGGCCCUAGCAGCACUUGCGCUGUUGCUCACUCAGCAACACGCUCUCGCCCAUGCCACGUCCUCGAGUGGAGCAUCAACAAGCGCAACUUCCACAUCUGCUACCUCAUCAUCGUCAUCCUUCGCCACUCGUUUCUCAUCUGCUAUCCUGCGCGGAGCUGGUCGAUGGAUGGAGAUCAUUUUUCCAUCCGAUCCCAGCUACCUGCCCAGCUUCGUCGAUGGAUCCUUCGAGUCGACUUUUCACCUGCCCACCGACGAUGAGAAUGCAACGCCUGGCGGUGGUCUCUUUGGUGAUGGAGAUACCACAUUCGCCUGGGGCGGCAGCACCCUCGAGGUUGUGAAAACGCAAGCUCGCUACGUAACACGCCCUGCAGCUUUUGGUCCUCACAUCACUGCAGACGAAGGGCAGCGUGGCUCGCUGCUGCCCAUCUCGGACUUUUAUCUAAAGCCCGCAGCGCAGGCUGCCACCAAGGAGCCCUGGAACGCCGACGUGGCAUGCCCUUACCGAGGGGGGCCGGGCUGGAAGGAAGGCGAGGAUGGAACCGAUCUUGGUCGUCUGAGCGACUCUGACGAUUCUGAUCUAGCUGUGCAAGGAGUUGCAGUAAUAAACGCUUCUCCUGCUAUCCCUGUCCGGCCACCUUCCGACUGGGUUGCGCUCGUGGAGCGUGGAGGCGGCUGUUCCUUUGCCGCCAAAGUGCGCGUCAGUCAAGCACUAGGAGCCAAAGCAGUGGUUGUCGGUGACGCUCCUUCAGCCUCUUGGAGGCCUUCACCUGGCGGAUCUGAUGCCGAAGAUCCAGGCUUGGCCGGUAGACUGCUGACGAUGUUUGCGCCCGGCGACACUUCCGACAUUCGCAUUCCGAGCACUUUCAUCACUCGGCCGAGCUACGUCGACUUGCGAAGACUGGUAGAAGAGCUGGCGCGAGAGCAGCACAAGAAACGCGAAUGGUGCCUGAAGCAUGCCGAUCAGUGCCACACUCCGGAGGGAGGCAAAGGUCCAAGAAGCAAAGGGUUAGAUAUCAUCCUGGGCCGAGACGACAUCAUGUGGGAAUGGCCGCUCAUUGAUCUAGCAUUGAUGUUGCUGCUCUUGCCAUCUUUCAUGACGAUCCUCACCGUCAUUGUGCACCGCAUUCGGCUUGCACGACAGAGAAAGAAAGACAGAGCUCCCGAGGUUGUGGUGCUCUCCUUGCCUUGCCUCAUCUGGCGUGCCAACGGUCAGCCCUGGGAGAAGGUGGAGGGGAACGAUUCGGAUUUGCCCAUUUCAAAUGCCUCGCCCGGCCAAGCCUCUGCUUCGGCGUCCUCUUCUGCUGCCGCUGCGCCUUCUGUUGUCUCUCCGCCGACUUCCGCUCGUCAGACCGACGAAGAAGCUGGCCCUAGCGAUCCUGCGCGGACGACUGUCGUAACCCCAUUGGCAGAGAGAGCGCACGCCACUGCGAGUGCAGCAGCAUCGGCUCCGAACCCAUCCCAUGCUCACUUACCUCCCGGGAGGUCAUAUUACAGCUGCGACGAAUGCGCCAUCUGUCUUGACAAUUUUGUCGAUGGAGAUCAAGUCAGAGUGUUGCCCUGCGGACACAUCUUUCAUCGGAGCGAGAUCGACGAUUGGCUCGUGCGCAUACGCAAGGUCUGUCCAAUAUGUAAGCGGGAUGUGACGGUGCCGGUACCUCCUGCUCCACCUGCGGGCUCUGUCGUUGCUUCUCCCUCCAUCGAUCCGACGCAAGGCACAGCGCAAGAGACUCCUGCACUGGCGACUCAGCCACUUAUCGACGCGCGCACCGCGCCUGAGCAGCGACCGUCUAGCGCAACUUCAGGGGCUCUGUCCGUCCCUACGGAGAGCACGCCGCUCCUGGGCAGCUCUGGUCAGCCAGAGGCCAGAUCGUAAUCCUUUGCUUUGACUUGCGCACUCCAUCCUGUUUGUUUGUGUAAUAUACGCGCUCCUGCAUCUUUGAUCCACUCUUCAACUUCCCAGCCAAGUUUGCAGUACCUUCGCUGGCCGAGUGCCGGUAGUCCCACCACCUAUCAAUUCAGAUCUCGUCACCACGUUCU